AUGGCAAGCAAGAAGACGGCAAAAAAAGGCAAGGUCAAGAACUUAGGGCCCCAGGAUUUCGAUGAUCUGUUUUCGCCCUCACUCACAUCGACUACGACGUUACCCCCUUCUCGAGCGCCCUCAACCACCGUCUCAUCUUCUCAUCGAUUUGGGGGAACUGAAUCCCAUCCACCAUCCCCCAGCGAAGACCACCCCGCAGAGGAGCUGGAGGAUGCAUAUGAUGAAGAUGUCGAUUUUGAAGCGUUGCUCUCUAUCGAUUGCAUCGAUGGAAUGCAAUCGGGCAUCGACAGAGACUCGGAUGCUGAAAUGGAAUUCCCGCACGACUCAGAUGCGGUGAAUGAGGAGGAUCUCGGCGCGCUAGAGGAGAUCGACGAUGAUGAACUAGAGAGACUUUUGGCCAGACCACCGGUCCUGGGUACAUCAGCCACUUCGACGGGGAAUACAAAUUGCAAGAAAGGCCCGAAUGCGUCGACUUCGGCACGAGAGUCUGAAUCUCAAGGGGACAGUACGGGACGAUCCAAGACCCACGAGGAAGGACCAGAGUCUGAAGUUCGAGGGGACAAUCCAGGAGAAUCCAAGACCCACGGGGAAGGUGGUUUGGAGCACCAUCUUUUCAUCGCGAUGGGGGGCUGGGAUGCUUCCAUUACCCUGCCCUUGUGCUUAGAGAAGCACCUUGAAACACUUCGCUCGCAGGUUAAACAAGAGGUGAAGGCUAUGGAGAGUCUUCUGAACCUCCAAAUGCGCGUCGACAACCAGUUGUCCCUGUUGGACGGAGCAAUCUGGGCGCGCGCUCUUAUAGCUCAAGAUGGUGGGAUUCUCAGCAUGGGCCAUUGA